GAUUCUUCUCCCGUCUUUUAUCCGUCUCAACCUCUCGCGCCUCUCUCUCGCUCUCUCUCUCAUCGCUGUAGGAGGAAGAGCAGCAGCCAUGGAAGGGAGACAGAGCGUUGUGGAUAUAUCGAAGAGCAUGCCUCCUCCAAAUCUAAUAGUCCAGCUUCAGACCCGGUUCAAGGAGCUGGAAACCGGCUUUCGAUGUUGGCUCGCCAAGCAGUCGUUGCCAGUCGAGGCCGCUGUCGUCACAGGCACCAGCGCUGCUCAGGGUGCUGCCAUCGGGGCCUUCAUGGGCACCCUCACCUCCGACAUCUCGUCAUCUUUCCCGACACCUCCGCCUCAGGCCGGCCUCAACCCUCAGGCCAUGGCUUCCUUCAAACAAGCCCAGGCUCUUACUGGUGGCCCUUUGGUGCAAGCCCGCAACUUUGCAGUUAUGACCGGCGUGAAUGCAGGCAUAUCUUGUGUCAUGAAAAGAAUAAAAGGAGUGGAGGAUGUCCAAACGAGUAUGGUGGCAGCUUUUGGGUCUGGAGCCAUGUUUUCGUUGGUUAGUGGCAUGGGGGGCCCAAACCUGGCAGCCAAUGCAGUCACUUCAGGACUGUUCUUUGCACUUGUUCAAGGUGGCCUUUUUACGCUUGGUCAAAAAUUCUCUCAGCCACCAGCAGAAGACAUGUUUUAUGCCAGAACCAGAUGCAUGUUGACAAACCUUGGCCUUCAAAAGUAUGAGAAGAACUUCAAGAAAGGGCUCCUUACGGACAGCACUUUACCUCUGCUCACUGAUAGUGCUCUCAAGGAUGCGAGAAUCCCACCUGGACCACGGCUUCUCAUUCUCGAUCACAUCCAAAGGGAUUCUGAGCUCGCAAAAGAGAGGCGGUGAAAAGCUUUUGAUUCUGCUUCUGGAUUAGCUCAUUCAGAUCUUGCAGAACUAUCAUAAGGGUUUGUCGUCGUUGUCAGGUACUGGUUCAUGUAGAAUAGUUAUUAGAUUGUUGCAAAAGAGAGGCGGUGACAAGCUUUUGAUUCUGCUUCUGGAUUAGCUCAUUCAAAUCUUGCAAAACUAUCAUAAGGGUUUGUCGUCGUUGUCAGGUACUGGUUCAUGUAGAAUAGUUAUUAGAGUUUGAUAUUUUCAGCGAUGAAAAGGCCACCAUGAAACAUUUCAAAUCUUUCUGCUUUAGCUUAAAACAUUUUGAUGUAA